AUGAGCUCAACAUCUCCCUCUGUCAAACGCCCCGAGACGGUCAAGGACGUCCCCUACAACCUCAUUUACUGGCCAACCGUCCCCGGUCGCGGUGAGGCCAUCCGCCUUAUGCUGGAAGAAGCUGGGGCCUCCUACACAGAUACAGCGGUCGAGGAGAAUGCUAUCGAGUUGGUCAUGGCCCAGACCUCCAAAACAAACACGGGCGAUACCUCCAAUCCCCCACCCUUUGCACCCCCCAUCCUAAAACAUGGCGAUCUUAUAAUCCACCAACUGCCCAACAUUCUUCAGUACCUAUCCACCCGUCUUGGUCUCGCACCGAAGUACGACAAUGAGAGCAAUGGCAUCUUCCACGUCAAUCAGCUUGCCCUUACGGCGUUGGAUGGGCUGAGCAACGAGGCUCAUGAUGUGCACCACCCGAUUUCUGUGGACUAUUACUAUGAGGAUCAGAAGGAAGCGGCGAAGAUGAGGGCGCAAAACUACAUUGACAGCCGCCUUCCCAAGUUUAUAGGUUACUUUGAGCGUGUGCUCAAGGGCGAGGCUAGUGGGGAAGGGCCAUGGUUGUAUUGCGGCUCACUCUCGUAUGCUGAUCUGGUUUUGUUCCAGUGCAUCGAUGGGCUUAAAUUUGCCUUCCCCAAAACGCUGGCUAAGAUGGAGGAGAGCAAAGAGUAUGAGGGCGUGUUCAAGCUGUAUGAUGCUGUCAAGGAACGCCCACGGAUCAAGAAAUAUCUUGCGAGCGAUCGAAGGCAGAAGUAUGGGAAAGGCAUCUGGAGGCACUACCCCGAGCUUGACUCGGAGUAG